GAUAGUAUAUAUAGCGACGUGUUGUUUAUCCAAUCCGGUCGGUCAUCUUCUCUCAAUAUCGCAAGCAAGGCUGGAUUAAUUUAUAUAUCUAAUAUAUAGCUAGUUUGACAAUUUAUAUAGUUUAAUAUAUUUAGUUGGAAUAUUGAGGGCGUUCGUUCAUAUCUACAACUCAAACUAGCUCGUUUGGUAUUUUGGAUAUAUAUAUGAGAUAAAAUGAAACCUCAAAAUUGGGUUUUGCUGGGCUUAGUGUUGGUUCUUGCCACCGUUCAGAGCAUUCAUUGCAGCGUCACUUAUGACAAUAAAUCUCUCAUCAUCAAUGGCCAGAGAAGAAUUCUUCUUUCUGGGUCCAUUCAUUACCCAAGAAGCACACCUGAGAUGUGGGAGGGCCUCAUACAGAAAGCUAAAGAUGGAGGCUUGGAUGCUAUUGAUACCUAUGUGUUCUGGAACAAUCAUGAACCUUCACCUGGCAAUUAUGAUUUCGAGGGAAGAAAUGAUUUAGUUCGAUUCAUAAAGCUAAUACAUCAAGCAGGGAUGUAUGUGCAUCUCCGAAUUGGUCCUUAUAUUUGUGGAGAGUGGAAGUUUGGGGGGAUCCCUGUUUGGCUGAAAUUUGUUCCUGGCUCCACUUUCAGAUCCAAUAGUGAACCUUUCACGAUGGCUAUGCAAAGGUUUGUCCAGAAAAUUGUCCAAAUGAUGAAGGAUGAAAACCUUUUUCAGUCACAGGGUGGCCCCAUCAUUCUCUCACAGAUUGAGAAUGAGUAUGGGUUAGCAAGCAAGGCUUAUGGGGCAGGCGGGCAUGAAUACAUGACUUGGGCUGCAAAUAUGGCAGUUGGUCUUAAAACUGGAGUCCCGUGGGUUAUGUGCAAGGAAGAUGAUGCACCAGAUCCAGUGAUAAAUUCUUGUAACGGUUUUUAUUGCGAUUAUUUUUCUCCUAACAAGGCUUACAAACCCAAGCUGUGGACAGAGGCAUGGAGUGGCUGGUUUGAAGAGUUUGGAAGUGCAAUUCACCAUAGACCUGUUGAAGAUCUGGCCUUUGCAGUUGCCCGGUUCAUCCAAAAAGGAGGCUCCUUUGUGAAUUAUUACAUGUAUCAUGGAGGAACCAAUUUUGGAAGAACAGCAGGAGGUCCUUUUCUUACUACUAGCUACGACUAUGAUGCUCCUAUAGAUGAAUAUGGUUUAACUAGACAACCCAAGUAUGACCAUUUGAAGAACUUUCACAAUGCUAUUAAGUUAAGUGAGAAAGCUUUAGUCAAUGCAGAUCCAACUAUCAUACAAUUAGGAAGCUACCAAGAGGCACAUGUAUUUUCCACGUCUGGAGAGUGUGCUGCUUUUCUCUCAAAUUUCCAUCUGAAUUCAUCAGCCACUGUGACAUUCAAUAAGAAGCAAUAUACACUUCCACCUUGGUCAACCUCGAUUCUUCCAGAUUGCAAGAAUGCUAUAUUUAACACUGCCACGGUGGAAGUGAAGAAAUCUGAGGUGCAGAUGCUGCCCACAAACAUUCCAACGCUCUCCUGGGCAACAUUUACUGAAGACAUAUUUAAUGAAGAUAGUGAUUCAAAGCUUACUGUUAGUGGUCUGUUGGAGCAAUUAAAUGUCACCAGGGAUACCAGUGAUUAUCUCUGGUACAGCACCAGUGUUAAGAUGAGUCCAUCUGAGUUCAUCCAAGGACAACAACCAGCUCUCACAGUGCAGUCAGCAGGUCAUGCAUUGCAUGUCUUCGUCAACGGGCGAUUCUCAGCAGGGUCAGCUUAUGGAACUAAAGAUCACCCAGAGUUCAAAUAUACACUGAAUGUCGCAUUGCAAUCUGGAGUGAACAAAAUUUCUCUCCUCAGUGUAGCAAUUGGAUUGCCGAAUGAUGGUGCCUAUUACGAAAGACGGCACACAGGAAUCAUUGGACCCGUCGUAUUGCGUGGACUACCCAAUGGACCUAGGGACUUAUCUUGGCAGAAAUGGUCUUAUCAGGUAGGUUUGAGAGGUGAAGCAUCUAACGUAGUUUCACCAAAUGGAAUUUCAUCUGUUGGAUGGGUUGAAGGGUCCUUAGCUGUGCAGCAACAGCCCCUGACUUGGUAUAAGUCCUAUUUCAAUAAUCCGCAAGGAAAUGAGCCAUUGGCAUUGGACAUGGGCAGUAUGGGAAAGGGUGAAGUUUGGAUCAAUGGCCAAAGCAUCGGUAGGUAUUGGACUAUCUCAGCAGUUGGAAAUUGCAGCGUCUGCACAUAUCGAGGGACGUACCGAUCCCCAAAGUGCCAAUCCGGGUGCGGCCGGCCUACACAACAAUGGUAUCAUGUUCCUCGGUCCUGGCUAAAACAGACAGACAACCUGCUGGUGAUUUUUGAGGAGAUAGGCGGAGAUCCAUCUGGAAUCGCGGUAGUUAAAAGAACGCUUACUUAUGUAUAGAUAUUUAUAUUUAGGAUAAUAAUAUUGUUAGACUACUUCAAUUCAUUUUGUAUAUCCAUUUACCAUUUCUUCCUCUUUAUUGGAUUAUGGUCGGUCAUAUACUUACUGCACAUGAAUGAUGUAGUUGGAAUAAGAUUAUUUGAGUAGAUCAGAUAGAUUCAUCAUUCAUAUGGCAGUGUUUUAUUUAUCAAUGUACUUUUUGUUCCACUUGGGAGUUGGGAUGAUGUAUCAUUGUACAUAUCCUUUUGCACUUUUAACUGAUAUAUAUAAGAGAGUAAAAAAAUCAACGUCGAUGGAAGUUUCGCGUUUACUCCCUUUGUUCUAA